CCCCUCGCCCAGGCUGUCCCCAUGCAGGUGGACAUGGCCAUGGUCCUGCAGCGCGUGCGGAUCGCGGAGAAAUAUGGAAAGAACUACCUGUGCCUCCUGCAAGCCGGCGGCAUCACAGAUACCGAGUUGUUCCUCCGAAUAACAGACAUCAGCCAUUUCUUGAUGCAAGACAUAGCCUUCUUGUCUGGUGGCCGAGGUAAGGACAAUGCCUGGAUAAUUACAUUUCCAGAAAACUGUAAUUUCAGAUGUAUACCCGAAGAAAUAAUAACCAAAGUGCUGACUUAUUUAACAUUUAUUGCAAGGCAAAAUGGCUCUGACUCCCGUUUUACCAUUAUUCUGGAUCGAAGAUUGGAUACAUGGUCUUCUCUCAAGAUCUCUCUACAAAAAAUCUCAGCUUCCUUCCCUGGGAACUUGCACUUGGUUUUGGUUCUACGUCCCACCAGUUUUCUUCAACGAACUUUCACAGACAUUGGGUUUCGAUUUAGCCAGGAGGACUUCAUGCUCAAAUUGCCAGUGGUUAUGCUGAGCUCAGUUAGUGAUUUGCUGACAUACAUUGAUGACAAGCAGUUAACCCCUGAGUUAGGCGGCACCUUGCAGUACUGCCACAGUGAAUGGAUCAUCUUCAGAAAUGCUAUAGAAAAAUUUGCCCUAACAGUGAAGGAAAUGGCUCAGAUGUUGCAGUCCUUUGGGACUGAAUUGGCUGAGACAGAACUACCAGAUGACAUUCCUGCAAUUGAGGAGAUUCUUGCCAUCCGUGCUGAAAGGUACCACCUGCUGAAGAACAAUAUUACAGCUGUUACCAAAGAAGGGACAGUGCUGCUAACAAAUCUGGAAGCACCUGCCAUUGAAGAAACUGCCAGUUCAAGACUUGAACGUCAUCAGCAAAUAAGUGGUGACUGGCAGACUAUCAAAAAGUUGCUGACUCAGGUACAUGAUAUGGAAACAGCCUUUGAUGGAUUUUGGGGAAAACACCAACAAAAAAUGGAGCAGUAUCUUCAACUGUGGAAGUUUGAACAGGAUUUUCAAGAGCUUGUGACUGAAAUUGAACAGCUCUUAAACCAACAAGCAGAGCUGGGUGAUAUAUCAGGGACCAUAUCUCAAGUAAGACAAAAACUAAAAAAACUCGACAACUUAGAUGAGCAUUCUCAGGAUCUGUUAACAAAGACUCGGUUUGUGAUACUCCAUGGUCACAGGCUUGCAUCCAAUCACCACUACGCAAUUGAUUUGAUCUGCCAGAGAUGCAAUGAACUGCGUUACCUUACUGAUAUUUUGGUGAAUGAGAUCAAAGCAAAACGAGUACAACUCAGCAGGACCUUCAAAAUGCAUAAACUCCUGCAGCAGGCUCGCCAGUGCUGUGAUGAAGGAGAAUGUCUUCUGGUGAAUCAGGAAAUAGACAAGUUUCACUCUAAAGCAGAUGCUCAGAAAGCAUUCCAAGACAUCCAGAAUUUUCUUGAGAUGGCCCUGCCCUUUAUAAAUUAUGAUCCUGAAACCUUACAGUAUGAAUUUGAUAUCAUUUUAUCACCUGAACUCAAGAUUCAAAUGAAGACUAUACAAGUGAAGCUAGAAAACAUUCGAAGUGUAUUCGCGAGCCAGCAGGCUGGUUUCAGGAACCUGGCAGAUAAGCGCAUGAGGCCAAUCCAAUUUGUGAUAUCUGGGACAGAACAUUUGAUCAGAUCUAGAGUACCAUUAUUUUCACCUAAACAUGGGAAGAAGACUUGGAGACAAAAUCAGAGCAAAUUAAAAAUUGAAGUAGUGCGGGAUGCUCGAGAGAAGAGAACUGGUCAAUCCUCCACUUUGGGAAAUGACAACAGCGUGGAUGUUUUCAAGAACCAUGUCCUAAAUGAGCUGAUACAGACUGAGAAGGUGUAUGUUCGAGAGCUGUUUACUGUUUUAUUGGGCUACCGAUCAGAGAUGGAUAAUCCACAAAUGUUUGAUCUUAUGCCACCGUCUCUGAGAAAUAAAAAGGACAUUCUUUUUGGAAAUAUGGCAGAGAUCUAUGAGUUUCAUAAUAACAUUUUCAUGAGCAGCCUGGAAAAUUGCUGUAAUACACCAGAGCGAAUAGGACGUUGUUUCCUAGAACGGAAGGAAGACUUUCAGAUGUAUGCAAAAUAUUGUCAGAAUAAGCCCAGAUCGGAGACAAUUUGGAAGAAAUAUUCUGAAUGUGCCUUUUUCCAGGAAUGUCAAAGGAAAUUAAAACACAGACUUGGUCUGGAUUCCUAUUUACUGAAACCAGUGCAACGAAUCACUAAAUAUCAGUUACUGUUGAAGGAGCUAUUAAAAUCUAGCACAGACGGUGAGGGAAGUGAACAAUUACAGGAGGCGCUGGACACAAUGCUGGAAUUACUGAAGUCAGUCAAUGACUCCAUGCAUCAGAUUGCAAUAACGGGCUAUAUGGGGGACUUGACUGACCUGGGCCGGAUGAUAGUGCAAGGCCCGUUCAGUGUCUGGAUGGGCCACCGGAAAGGGACAACGAAAAUGAAGGAUUUUGCUAGAUUCAAGCCAAUGCAGCGACACCUUUUCCUGUAUGAGAAAGCAAUUGUGUUUUGUAAAAGGCGCAUCGAAGGUGGAGAAGGCUCUGAUAGAUUUCCAUCAUACAGUUUUAAACAUAUUUUGAAUAUGGAUGAAGUUGGAAUCACUGAAUAUGUGAAAGGAGACACCCGGAAGUUUGAACUGUGGUGUAGCAGGAAGGAAGAAGUUUUUAUUAUCCAGGCUCCAAAUACAGAUGUGAAGAUGUCGUGGUUAAAAGAAAUCCGAGAUAUUUUAUUGAAACAGCAAGAGCUUAUGGCAGUUAAAAAACGAGAGCAACGGAAUCAGGUGGCAGACCAGGAUCAGCUUACUCUUCAGCAAAAUGAUGAAAAGCAACAGAGAGGUUUAAUGAGCACUGAGGAGACUGAAUCGGAACACGCUGGCGCUGUAGUGGAGGUUAAUGAAGGUACCCUGCCGGUUCAGGCAGAAGCAAACACAGUUUGGACCGAGGUGUCACCCUCCACAGAAACCUCUGAGGGCCCUGAGGAAUGGUCAAGGGAAUUUUUCUGUUCUGCUCAUGCAGAACAUGAAGAAGAUAAGUCCCAAAUGGUUAGUAAUAACAUGGUAAAAUUUAAACCCUUGGGACAGUUGUACUGA